AUGCGAAGCCUGACCUGGCUGAAGCACAUGGGUGGUGACAGAGACCAGAGAGUGAUCUACACGCAGCCCUCUGCCACGGUGUGUGGCGUUUACCUCCCGAGACGGCUUCACCCAAGGGCCUGUUCAGCAGCAGCAGGGUGUUCCCCAGCCCAGCGCUGCUGCAGGGUCUUCUUCACACAAGCUGACAACUGUGAGAAGGAGCUUCCCGGGGUUCAAGCACCUGUACGGGGCCACGGGGACCUGCACCGGGAGGCUGCUGUCGGAGCAGAGGGCCUGGGGCCGCUCUGUGAGCAAGCACGUCUCUUCCAUCAGGGGGACACUCCCAUGGAUGGACUAACCACAGAGGAGAUGAAUAAAGCCAGGGCAGCCAAACAGACAUACUCCAAACAACACAAACAAGUGCUCAGUGAAAGAGCUUGGGAGCGUAAGGUGCUCGUCACCAGGCUAGGAAGGCUGGUCAACUUUGGAGGUUUGGCAGUUGGUCUUGGCCUCGGGGCCAUUGCUGUGGUGGCUAAAAAAAGUUUGAGGCCUGACCAGCUCAGUGGUGACAAGAAAGCCAUUUUGGAUUCCAGCCCUUUUCUUUCGGAGGCGAACGCUGAGAGGAUUAUGAGAACCCUAAGAAGUACGAAGUACACAAAGCCCGAAAUACGCGGAGCCGCCCUCAAACUAGGGGACAUGCUCAGCAUUCAAGAUGAUGCUUUCAUCAAUCCUCAGUUGGCCAAAAUCUUUGAGUGUGUCCGCCAGAGGGCUGACGUCAUGCCUACCAAGCAGAUGAUGGUGAAGUAUCAUUUAGAAAAGAAAAGUCCCCUCGAAAAAUUGUAUCUGGUAUUGGGGGGGGGGGGGGGGGUCAUUGUACAUAAAAAUUAAAUACGUGUGAAAAGAAAGUUACCUCACAUGAGGGGGGCCAUGCUACUGUAGAGCACAACUUGGUUUUAUUGCCCUCUUCCGAAAGCCAUUAGUAAUGACCUAGGUCUUAACUGGAGAGACAAGCUGGAAUAUUUAGAGGAGAGACCGUUUGCUGCUGCGUCCAUUGGACAAGUGCACCUGGCCAAGAUGAAGGAUGGUAGAGAGGUGGCCAUGAAGAUCCAGUAUCCUGGAGGGGUAUCCUGGAUCAACAGUGAUGUCAACAACUUGAUGACCGUCUUGAGUUUGAGCAACACGCUGCCUGAAGGUACCUGAUGUGGUGGAUGAACUGUGCAGCCAGCAUGUCCUCAUCACCGUCCUGGUGCCUGGCUUCCCCCUGGACCAAGCUAAUGACCUCUCCCAGGAGCUCAGGAACGAGGUACGCACCCACGUCAACAGCCAGCUCACAAGUCAUUAGUUGUCCGAGACAUGCCAUGACAUGUUUCUAAAUUUCAUGUGCCAGAGGCUGAGGCACCCAACGAGGUGACAUCAUCAACAUAAUGCCGAGAUAUGAAGUGGUACAAUGUUGUUGUUAGUAUAAAAAAAGAAUCGUCAUGUUUCUGUCCCUCUCUCUUGUCAUUGUCAUCGGCUUUGGUCUGUUCAGAUAUGUGAGCAUAUUCUCAUUCUGUGUUUGAGGGAGCUGUUUGAGUUCAGGUACAUGCAGACAGAUCCAAACUGGUCCAACUUCUUCUUUGAUCCCCAAACUCACAGGGUUGCGCUUUUAGAUUUUGAGGACACACAUCAAUCAGUCUUAAUUAAAAACCAUGAAAUACCUCAAUUGGCAAAGCGAAAGUUGUUAAAACCUCAAAAGAAACUUGAAAAAAUUGCUCUUCAUCACCAGGUCAUCGAGGCAAUCUUUUUCAUAAAGUCUCUAUUAAAAUGUACAAUGCUUUAAAAAAAGACUAAUUCCACUGAAACACAAUGCACUUUUCUUCUUCUGAAGUACAUUUUACAACAGGAAUUAUUGUUACCUAUUCAGUAUUACCUAGGUAUACCAAGGAGUAUAUUGUAAUGCAAAAAUUAUUAAUGCUUUGUCUUUUAUUGUGUAGUGAAACGUCUGUUGAAGUUGACAAAAUUCAAUAAGAAUGUCACAUUCUGAGUUCGUGUUUUGCUGCAUAUUUUUACUAAUUGGAACCCACUCGUGCCUAUGUUGAAACAAUAAAUAGGGCACAUUGUG